GUCAGCUACGCCACUGACCUGCCAAAUCUCUGCUCUUCGCUGCAGCUGUUUGAAAGCCUGCAACGACUUCACGCCAAGCCAGAUCGCAUCUUGCUCUACCCCGGCGAUCUCUGGAACGUUUCCGACACAAGCAGCCAGAACACCGAAGCUCGCCUUCUGCGUCAAGCAGGUAUAUACGGCGCGAAACUGCAACCGAUUGCACUGACGAUGGCUUCUCCACCUCCUGCAGAGUCUGCCUGGGCAAACUCCUUUGCAAAGCUCCUCGCCUUCAACCAAACCCAAUACCGACGAGUCCUUGCCCUUGACAGCGACAGUACGAUUUUGCAAAAUCUCGACCACCUCUUCCUCCUUCCCCCAGAAGUCGAAAUCGCAAUGCCUCGAGCUUAUUGGGAAUCAUCGAAUACGUUCAUGAUGCCACACUCACCUAAACUAUGCUCUUCCAUGAUUCUUCUCACUCCUUCUGAGGCUGCUUUCAACACUGUGCAAUGGCACACCGCCAAUCGUGGUGCUUCUGACUAUGACAUGGAGAUUGUGAACAAGCUGUUCUAUUCGUCUUCCUCGGACAGUGUAACGAUGAUUUUACCACAUCGAGGGUACAUUCUACUCACGGGCGAGUUCAGAGAAUCCAAUCAUUCCGCAUACCUAGGGGACAAGGGCAAGUGGAGCACGGAAAUGGCGCUGGAAGAAGCACACUAUGUUCAUUUCAGUGACUUCCCGCUCCCCAAACCGUGGGCUGCGCAGAGCUACGAAUUGCUCAAAAGCGCGAGACCUGAAUGCGGCGGAGAAGGACGUCAGGAUUCAUGCGAGGAAAGAGAGGCUUGGGACUGGUUGUACCGCGAUUUCCGGCAAAGGAGAAGGAACGUCUGUGGCUCGGAGUUCGAAACAUGGUUGGAAGUCGAGAGUGAGAUGGAAGUGGCGAGAUUACUGGGAGAUGUUCCGACAGGUACAACCACUGUCGGCGAGCACGCGGUUGUUGAGACGGCCGUAGUUGCAGUGGCAUAA